AUGGAAGUCGUUUAUGGCACGGCCGUAGAAGUCUUGAAAAGGGUGGCCACUGCUGCGGAGCAAGAGAUUUGCUUGGCAUGGGGCAUGAAAGAGGACCUAAAGAAGCUUGAAAAGACCAUGUCCACCCUCAAAGCAGUGCUCUUAGAUGCCGGGAAGAAGCAAGAACAAAACGAAGCGCUACGAGUCUGGCUGAGGCGGCUUAAAGAUGUCUUCCUCGACGCUCAGGACGUGUUGGGAGAAGUCGAGUGCGAACUCCUAAGAAGAGAAGUGGUGAAGACACAUGGCAGCAUUGGUCGAAAGGUACGCCGAUUCUUCUCGAGCUCCAAUCCCCUUGCGUUUCGGCUUAACAUUGGUCAUCAAAUUAAGGCGUUAAGGCAAGAGUUAGAUGAUGUCGCCAAAGAUAGGAUACAUUUUCAUCUAAAUGAGAAGCAGGAUCUGAUGCAAGGGAGGAGGGAGAUGACAUCUUCUUUCGUUAGGCCCUCAGAAAUUAUAGGUAGAGAUAGUGAGAAAGAAAAGAUCGUUAAUAUGUUAUUACAGAAGAAUCACAAUGAUCUUAUUAUCUCUAUCAUUCCAAUAGUUGGAAUUGGGGGUCUAGGAAAGACUGCACUGGCAAAGUUAGUUUACAAUGAUGACAAAGUCACUCAAGAGUUUGGUUUAAAAAUGUGGGUCUGUGUCCAACAAGAUUUUAAUGUUGCUGAAUUAACGAGAGAAAUUCUCAAAUCUGCUAUUAGUGCAACUAGUACGAUUAAUGAAAAUUUCUCUAUAGAUCAAGCACUGAAAGGAACAAAUGAUAUCAGUAACUUGUCCGUAGAUCUGGUGCAAAUUUUCUUACGAACCACUUUAAAGGAUAAGAAAAUUUUGCUAGUAUUGGAUGAUGUCUGGAAUGAAGAUCGUAGCAAAUGGAACGAGGUGAAAGAUCUGUUGUUGACGGCGUGUGCUAACGGAAGCAGAAUCAUAGUGACAACGCGUAAUUCUUCAGUUGUCUCUGUCAUGGGCACAACCCCAGCACAUAAUUUAGAAUGUCUUUCGGAGGAGAAGUCUCGGUCUUUAUUUUUCAAAUAUGCAUUUGGAGAUGAGCAAUUGGCUGAACAAUUUUCAAAACUUAAAGAUUUUGGUAAGCAGAUUGUUCAAAAGUGCAAAGGGGUUCCUUUAGCAUUGAAGACAUUGGGAAGUUUACUUUCCUCAAGUACUGAUGAAGGUGAAUGGAAAUAUGUGAGGGAUAGUGAGAUAUGGGAGUUGACACAAGUGGAAAAUGAUCCUAUUCUAUCUGCACUGAGAUUAAGUUACAAUACAAUGUCGCCACAAUUGAAACAAUGUUUUGCUCAUUGUUCAAUUGUUCCAAAGAACAUUCGUACGGACAGAUUAGACAUUAUCUGGAUGUGGAUGGCACUCGGCAUCAUUGAGUCACCUAAUGAUAAGAGGGACUUGGAAGAUAUUGGGGAAUCACAUUUCAAAGCGCUUUGUGCAAGAUCAUUUUUUCAAUAUCUUGGUGAUGAUGAGAGGCUUUUCAAUUUGUCUCAAGUAUUUGAAAUGCACGAUUUAAUUCAUCAGCUUGCAAGUUCAAUCAUUAAACAUGAGGUUUACACAGUAAAUUCUGACACUAAAAUGUCGUGUGAUCAGUAUGUGAGAUAUUUGAUGAUCUUUUUAAGAGAAAGUCAUGGUCAGAGCAUCUCAACAAUCUUGCAUAAAUUAAAAAAAGUGCGGAGUAUUUUUCUUGGAUAUGAAACAGAGCAAGAGCUCCCCAGCGUCGAAGAGUGCUUCCUUCCAACAUGCAUCUCGAAAUUUAGAUACUUGCGGCUGUUUGAUCUAAGCUUUUUAUCCUUUGAUGUGUUGCCAACUACAAUCGGCACGCUCAAGCAUUUGAGAUAUCUGAACUUACAAGGAAAUAAAAAGAUAAAGAAACUCCCCAACUCCAUUUGCAAAUUGCAAAGUUUGCAAACUCUGAUACUUUCUAGAUGUUCAGAGCUCGAAGAGUUACCUAAAGAUAUAAGAUAUCUGAUCAACCUCAGAACUCUGUUUGUAACGACAAAACAAACCCACUUUCCGGAGAAUGGAAUUGGACGUUUGAAGGUUCUUCGAUUUUUGGUUAUUUUUCAAUGUCGAAAUUUGAGAUCCUUACCACACGAUAUGAGAUAUUGUGCUACAUUACGUACUCUUCUGAUAGGUGAUUGUGAACAACUUGACUUGGCGAUCGGACCCAAUGAAGUUAUCCCGAUGAGUCUUCAAUCAUUGCUCAUUUGGGACUCACCACAAGUGACUGCUUUGCCCCAUUGGCUACAAGGAGCUGCUCACAGUUUGCAGCGUUUGGGUAUUCGAGGUUGUCCCAACUUGGUUGCGUUGCCAGAGUGGUUUCCAAAUCUCACCUCACUUCAGAAGCUUUUUAUUUUCAUGUGCCCAAAGUUGUCGUUUCUACCAAUUGGGAUGCAACGGCUGACGUCCCUAACAGAUUUGAAGAUUGUGGGUUGCGAUGCAUUGAAAGAAAGAUACAAAUCUGAAAUUUUGAGGAUUGGCCAAUUAUUGCACACGUUCCAAACUUCGUAAUGGCCCAAAUGAUCUUAUUAUGUCCAGUUCUACUGAAUGCUCCAGGAUGGAAGCCUAUAGCUAUUGGAAGCCUCAAGUACCCAGUUGCCAAUGUUGGUGUUGUGUGGUGUUUAAAUAGAAGUAUAAAUAAUUGUUUGUCAUAAGUUUCAGUAUAUUUGUGUGUAUCUAUCAACAUAUUCUUAUAUUUCCCUUGGUCAAUAAUUAGAAUAAUUUGUGUGCUUUUCUAAUUUGAAAGAAUUAAUAAAAUGACUGAAAACAUUUGUGCAA